UAAGAGCAUCAAACACAAACAUAAACACAUAACAAAAUGGGGUCACCAAUGGCCUCUUUUCUUAUCUUAGCAUUCUCCCUUGCUUUUGUAUCUCAAACCACCGCAAAUUACUUCUACUCUUCCCCUCCUCCACCAGUCAAACACUACACUCCUCCGGUUUACAAAUCCCCUCCACCACCAGUUAAGCACUACUCUCCCCCUCCGGUCUACAAGUCUCCUCCCCCACCCAAGAAGGACUAUGAGUACAAAUCUCCCCCACCACCAGUUAAGCACUACUCUCCCCCUCCGGUCUACAAGUCUCCUCCUCCACCCAAGAAGGACUACGAGUACAAAUUUCCCCCGCCACCAGUUAAGCACUACUCUCCCCCACCGGUCUACAAGUCUCCUCCCCCUCCCAAGAAGGAUUACGAGUACAAAUCUCCUCCACCACCAGUGAAGCACUACUCUCCCCCUCCGGUCUACAAGUCUCCUCCCCCACCCAAGAAGGAUUACGAGUACAAAUCUCCCCCACCACCGGUUCACUACUCUCCUCCUCCAGUAGUAUACCACUCUUCACCGCCACCCAAGAAGCACUACGAAUACAAAUCUCCUCCUCCUCCGGUCCAUUACUCUCCCCCUCCGGUUUACCACUCUCCUCCUCCUCCGGUCCAUUACUCUCCCCCUCCGGUUUACCACUCUCCUCCUCCUCCAGUACAUCACUACUCACCACCUCACCAACCCUACCUUUACAAAUCGCCACCUCCUCCUCACUACUAGAUUACUUAAUCGUCUACUCUAACGGAGUCGACGACCGUACACAAGAAAACAAAGAAUCGUUUGGUAAUAUAAUAAAAGACACAAGAUCAAAGACGAGAGAAUUGAAACGGAUACAUAUGUCUAAAGAGAAAGUUUCCAAUUCUAAUAUCUUUUCUUUAUUUCUGAAUACGUUAUAUUGUAAUAAAUUUCAAACAUGUUGAUGAAUGUGGUCCCUUCAUGCAUGCAAAUCAGUCAUAUGUUUGUUAAGUUCAAGUCCUGUUUUGCUUUCAGAUUAUUCAAUUUCAGAGUUUGGUUGUUCAACUAAAUAAAAAGUAUAAGUUUCUUUUCA